AAAUGAUUGAAAUUGCAGAAUAGAGUUUAACAAAUUUAGAAUAGAGUAAAUAUUUAAUUAAGAGGUUAAAUUGUUCAUAAUGGAAAAGAAUUAACAGGUUUGUAUUAACACAGAUAUCUUGAAAAAUAUUGAUUAUAUACUUUAUACUAUAACUAGUCAGGCGAUUGUUUAUUAUAGGUAAAAACUCUCAACUUACGACUUGAAACAUCUUAAUACACAUGAGAAAGAGUUUAAUGUUGUCUGGUCUCCAAGUUAACCACCAUCACCAUCUAAGGCCAUGUGUGAAUUUUCAUCUGGUGAUUCUAGUCCUUGUGACGAUGAUCAAUUUUAAUCUAAAAUAGAAUUCAUAGGUUCUAAAUUAUCAAUUCGUGAUAUAUGUAAUUCUGUUCUUAAUUCUAAUUGCUAUGAAAUUCGAAUUUUAGAACCCACUAAAACAGGAAAAUAUGAAAAGUUUUAAAUUUUUAAUUAAAUCUUAGAAUACCUUUAUAGUGGCAAAACUAAAAAGAUAUUAUUCUCUUUUAUUAUGAUUCUUCACUUGAAGCAUGUUAAGAUAAGCAUUCUAUUAAAAAGUAUUUAAAAGAAAGGUAAUAUUUAUUUAUUUUAUUAAUAUUAAUUAUAGAUUCAAAGAUUAUCAUUUUAUUAAUAUUGAAGAUGUUUAAAAAGUAUAUCUAGCAGGAGAAUAAAUAUAUAUUAUUAAAAUUAAUGAAGAUAAAUCAGCAUAAUUUUUUUAUUAUAAUAUGAAUAAAAAUUAACCAAAACACAAGAAAUAUCUUGGUGAGAAUUUUUAAGUAAUUAAUUGCCUUCUAUCCUCCAAAGGUAGGAAUUUUAAAAAAAAUCAGAGAUAUCACAAACCAGUAUAAAAUAAUCCUUAGAUUUUUGCCAAUCUAAUUUUAAAAAGAAAAAAUUGAAAGAAUAAUCUAUGAAAGAAGAAAUGACAAAUAUUAAAUUGAUAUUAGAUCUUUAAAAGUAGAAGAAUUAUUUGAAUGUAUAAAUAAUAAAUUUACUAUAGAUGAAGGAUGUAAAUAUGGAAUUAUUUAUUGUGAGGAUUUUAAAUAUUCCUAAAUUUUAGUUGAUAUAUUCAUUAAGUAUAAAAAGAGGAUUUUUAAUUUAGAUAUUUUUUUGAAAGAAAAUUGUCAUAACCAGAAAUUAUCUUAGUAAAUGAAGAAGGCAAAAAAGUUCCUUAUUUCUCUAAUAAAUCAGAAUUUUUUAAUAAUACCUCAUAUUAAUAUGAUACUGAAAAAUAAAUGAAAUUUAUUCUAUAAUAAGAAAUAGAUAAAGAAAUUUAAGAAAAGAUUGAAAAAUAGGAAAGAUAAGAGAGAUAAGAAAGAUAGGAAAGAUAAGAGUAUUAAGAGAGAUUAGAAAAAGAGAGAUAAGAGAAAAUAGAAAGAGAGAAAAAUGAAAGAUUAGAUAAAGAAAGAGAUAGAUUAGAUAGAGAUAGAUCUGAUAGAUAAUAAAGUGGAAGUAAAUGAUAUUUUAACUAAUGCAAGAAAAACGUUAUUAAGAUAUUAAUAUCAGCACUAUAGAAAUUAACAGUAAUAAAAUAAAUGAGAGAUAAGAAAAAUCAAUAGAAAAGAAUUAAAAUUCUUAUUAUAGUAAUUAUCAUCAUAAUUAUAACAAUAAAUGUAUUAAGAUAGUAAAACUAAUGUAGAUGAGAAUGGAAGUAGAAACAAAGGUAGAAGAUCAAGAUCACAAUCCAGAAAGAGGAGACAUAGUUCAAGUGACAGUUCUAAGUUAAAAUAUAUAAUUAAUUAUAUAACAGAAAAUAUCAUGAUAGAAAACAUCGAUAGAAUAGAUAUGAGACUAAAAGAAAAUCGGGAUGGGAAAACAAUAGUAGUAAGACAAGAAAAUGAAUAAAUUUUACCGUAAUUUUAAAACAACAAGGCAUUUAUAGAAAUAGACAAUUAUUUUUACAAACAAAACAGUUAAAUAAAAAUGUAAAAAAAAAGCAAAAUAAUCAAAAAGAGUUCCUUCUG